UCCUGUGCGCGCCUUUCAGUUCCGGGUCGCUGAGCCGCCUGUCAGCAGCAGAAAGUUCCAGGUUGAUGUGUGUGUGCGUAGCGCUGCGAUGCCCCUCGAGGUGCGAUGGCCGUUCCCACAAUGCCCUGCUCUGUCGUGGAGGAUCUCCAGCUCUCUGAUCAUGGGCAUGGUUGGCUCCUACUCGUACUUCUGGACCAAGUACAUGAACUGUCUGACGGUCCAUAACCACGAGGUUCUGUUGGAUCUGGUGGACCAGCGGCCCCCCGACACGCCUCUCCUCACGCUGUCCAACCACCAGUCCUGUAUGGACGACCCGCACAUCUGGGGUGUACUGAAGCUCCGACAGCUGUGGACCUUCAACAAGAUGCGCUGGACUCCAGCAGCUUCUGACAUCUGCUUCACCAAAGAGCUGCACUCGAGAUUCUUCAGCCGAGGGAAGUGUGUUCCCGUCUGCAGAGGAGACGGCGUUUACCAGAAGGGGAUGGAUUUUAUUUUGGAGAAACUGAACGGAGGAGAAUGGGUGCACAUUUUUCCAGAAGGAAAAGUCAACAUGACCCAGGAAUGUAUUCGGUUAAAGUGGGGUAUUGGUCGGCUGUUAGCAGAGUGCUCCUUGGAUCCGAUCGUCCUGCCGCUCUGGCAUGUGGGGUUGGGGGAUGUUCUGCCCAAUGAGAAGCCUUACGUUCCUCGAGCUGGAAAGAGAAUCACCGUCCUGGUGGGAAAACCGUUCACUGUCACCGAGCUCGUUGAAUCUCUCCGAGCCCAAAACAAGAACCAGAUGGAGAUGAGGAAGACGUUGACUGAUUUGAUCCAGAGAGAGUUCUGGAACCUCAAAGUCCAGGCCGAGGCACUCCACGGCCAGAUCCAGACCAGAUCCUGAUACAGACCAGAUCCUGAUCCAGGCCAGAUCCAGAUCCUGAUCCUGACUCCCAGCCGCCAUGCCUGACUGUAUAUAAUAUAUACAUAUAUAAGACUGAUGAUCCUUUACCCUGACUGAGGGUAAUAUCUACACACACACACACACACAAACACACACACACACACACACACACUUCCUGUUCUCUCUGGAGCUACAUUCCUCCACCCCGGAGUCUCCGAGUCAUCACGGUUUCUAACUGCUGCAUCGGUGGAAAACAGGACGUUCUCUGUUAAUGUUUAAAAGCAGAACAGGAUAAACAGAUUAAAAUAAAGAUGGAUGGUUUGGUAACGUGCUGUCAAAGAUCUUGAAUGAUUCGUCUGGACAUGAUGUAUCAUUACUCAUAUGAGUGGCCAUCUGCAGGGCUGGGUGUCACCAGUGAUUUCCUGAUGGUCCUGAUUCUAUUACUCUUCUGAUUGGAUAUGAGUCACGUUAGGGAAAUGUCAGUUCCAAUCCCAGUUUAUCUGGAUAUGAAGGAGAUUCUCAGACUUUAUUGAUCCCACACACCUCAGACAGACCGCAGUCUCUGAUCUGCAAUAAUGUUUGCAUGUUAAUUCACCGUAACCAUGAUCUCUCUCUAACCUUACCAUUAUAACCCUGAAGGUUUCAGUCACCGUGGUUACCGGUGAGGACAGCGAGUACAGUUUAAUACUUCAUCAGGAAUACAACAGCAGAGAACCAGCUGUUUGUUUACAAUGUCACAAAUUUACUCAGGUUGUUUUAUUAAAGAAAUCCGUCAGUAAUCAGUUUUCCCAUCAUGCUUUGAGCCGUCUGAUUCCCCGUUGUAGGGCACGCUCUGUAUCGUUUAUAACUCUUACAGGACACUCUGUAAUGUUUAUAACUCUUACAGGACACUGUAAUGUUUAUAACUCUUACAGGACACUGUAAUGUUUAUAACUCUUACAGGACACUCUGUAAUGUUUAUAACUCUUACAGGACACUCUGUAAUGUUUAUAACUCUUACAGGACACUCUGUAAUGUUUAUAACUCUUACAGGACACUCUGUAAUGUUUAUAACUCUUACAGGACACUCUGUAAUGUUUAUAACUCUUACAGGACACUGUAAUGUUUAUAACUCUUACAGGACACUCUGUAAUGUUUAUAACUCUUACAGGACACUGUAAUGUUUAUAACUCUUACAGGACACUCUGUAAUGUUUAUAACUCUUACAGGACACUCUGUAAUGUUUAUAACUCUUACAGGACACUCUGUAAUGUUUAUAACUCUUACAGGACACUCUGUAAUGUUUAUAACUCUUACAGGACACUGUAAUGUUUAUAACUCUUACAGGAAACUCUGUAAUGUUUAUAACUCUUACAGGACACUAAUGUUUAUAACUCUUACAGGACACUGUAAUGUUUAUAACUCUUACAGGACACUCUGUAAUGUUUAUAACUAUUACAGGACACUCUGUAAUGUUUAUAACUCUUACAGGACACUGUAAUGUUUAUAACUCUUACAGGACACUCGGCUUUUAUUGUGAAGCAGCAGCAGUAAGAAGUGAUAGCAUUAGCAUUAGCAUGAUCUGUGAUCCGUCUGCAGGAGAGAGAAGAGAGAGGCCGCAGACAGUCAGCAGACUCCGCCCCUAACAGCAGAGAGACAAAGUUACAGGAUGGAAACACAAGCAGAAGAAAUGUUGACCGCAACAUUUGAAGGAACUAAAGUGGUUUAGUUGCCAAACUGUACAAAACCUGUUUUUGAAUAUGAUCUGAAGAUCUGCAGAGUCUUAGGAACUUUCUGGUCUGGUUCCAUCAACCUGUCUGGUUAAAUACUAAAGAUUAGUAUGCAGUGUGCUCCUGUUAUUCAUAAUAAUAAUGAAUCAAAGCAUGUUAAAGUUCACAGCAGUGGUCAGAAACAGGCAUGCAGAGUAUAUGAUUGGUAGGAUAAUAUAAUGUUUGGUUUUAUUACUUUUGAAUGAGUCGUACUAACCUCUCUCUCUCUUUCUUAAACACUCAACUGAAUUUCUCAGCUCUGUAGAAACUUUGUUUCCUGUGAACUCUUCAUCAGAUCCUUCUUUCCUUUGAAUGCUUCCUCUGCAGUCACAGAUAUAAAACAUGUUUUAUAUCUAUUAUAUAAAACAUGUUUUAUAUCUAUAAAACCUAUGACUGCAGAUGUAAAGAAGUGAUUUUGUUUCAGAUUUUCUAACCCUCUGAUCUAUUUUUAUAAAUGUACGGCCUUACUGUGAUUGCCACUCUUUCCUACUGGAUGUAAACGCCAAUCAAUAAAUAUGUAUAUAUAUAUAUAUUCAAGUUUUCAUCUUUUGAAACGUGUAUUUGUCUCUGUAACACUCGGUGCUGAUGGAACAGAUUAAUAAAGAAAACCAACAUUGUUUACA